AUGCUGACGAGUGAUCAUCCUGUACCCCCGGAUCGGUAUGAUGAAAGAGUUGAGGAUCAUUUAAGGGUAACAGGUUUUUAUCAUGCAUCCCAGAUUGGAAUAGUCCAAAAUCAGAAGGCAUUGGUGAAUGCUUUAGUUGAAAGGUGUCAUCCAGAUACACAUACCUUUCACCUUCCUGUUGGUGAAUGUGCUGUGACGCUAGAAGAUGUGGCCUUAAUUCUCGGUCUUCCGACAGACGGUCUUCCAGUCACAAGGAUGACUAUUAGUAGCUUUGAUGCCUUAGAGGCGGAGUGUCUCAAUCAAUUCGGGGUUGCACCAAGAAAGUCAGAGUGUAGAGGGAGCUGUAUAAAACUGACAUGGCUUCGAGAUCUAAGAGAACGCUUACAGUUGGUUGAUGAGAUCAGUAUACAGAGGUACGUGAAGUGCCACAUAAUAUUGUUGAUCGGUAUGAUAUUGUUUGGAGACAAGUCUGGAGCAUCUGUGCACUUCGUAAUUGCUUUCAAACUUUUCUUCACUAUCACUACUGUAAUCUUCUCGUACAAUAUUCCGGUCGGACUCAGAUUGUUCGAAUUCCACAUACAACUCAAUGAACGAGAUUCGGGCACGACUUUCAAAAUACAUUGA